AUGUCGGAUUACGAGGAGCCCCUGGAUAGCGUGCCGCCGGUGAUUGAUCCGUAUGAUGUCCUAGAGCUGGAGCGUAGCUGCACUGCCGAUGAGAUCAAAAAGGCGUAUCGCAAAGCAGCUCUGAAGCAUCAUCCGGACAAGGUUCCCGACGACCCCAAAAAGAAAAAGAAGGCCCAUGAGAUAUUCCAGGAGAUAGCCUUUGCCUACGCAGUGCUGUCUGACGAGACGCGACGCAAGCGGUAUGACGAGACGGGAUCGACAUCCGAGUCCAUCGUCGACGCUGACGGCUUCGACUGGAGUGACUAUUACCGAUCCCAAUUCAAGGACGCCGUCAACGCCGACGCCAUCGAACAAUUCGCCGAACAGUACAAGGGCUCGGAGGACGAGAAGUCAGACCUACUAGCCGCCUUUGAGCUGUUCGAGGGCGAUAUGGAUAUGAUCUACGAGACCGUCAUUCUCAGUGACCCCGUCGAUGACGACGAGCGCUUUCGCAGGAUCAUCGACGAGGCCAUCGCGAACAGGGAGGUGCCCGCCUUCAGGCCCUACCUGAAGGAGAACAAGAAGACCGCAGCCGCCCGCGCUAAAAAGGCCGUCAAGCAGAAGGAGGCUGAGGCCGUCGAGGCGGAGGAAUAUGCAAAGGAGUUGGGUGUCUACGACAAGCUCUUCGGAGACAAGAAGGGUGCCCCGGCCAAGGUUGGCGGCAAGAAGAAGAAGAAGGAUUCCUCCGAGGACGCGCUCGCUUCCCUGAUCCAGAAGAGGCAGCAGGAUAGAUCGUCGGACAACUUCCUUGAUCGCAUUGCCGAGAAGUACGGCGCCCAGGAGAGAGGAAAGAAGGGAAAGAAGCGCGUCUUGCCGGAUGAGCCACCUGAGGAGGCUUUUGCCGCCACGGCUGCUAGGAAGAAAUCGGCCCAGAAGCCGAGGGAAGAGCCCCUCCCCCAGACGCCGCCGCGCCAGACUGGACCUAGGUCCAAGAAGUGA